GUCAUGCAUCUCACAGCUCACACGAAAAAUAGGUCUCUUGGUCUUGCUGAUAGCAAUGAAAGAAUUUGGCUGGUUUUGUGUACCUACAUUGUUCUUGUUCCACAAUACCUACAUCAAGAAGACGAAAUAAAAACUCUGGCGAGAUACGUACGACGGACGUGCAGCAGCAAAUACAUUCGAUAAAUGUUGGUGACAACCGCAACGGCUACGACGGCUACGGCGACGGCGGCGAGAUACAUUUGGUAUUUACAAAAAAAAUUAUUUUAAAAAUUCUUAAAAUAUGAGCAUUGGAAUCAGUUGCCUGCGGUACGUCAGUUGAGCGAGAAGAGACGAGAAUUUUGGUUUUAAGAAGCGAGUGUUUCGGACAAAUCGUCUUUGUUUCAGAUAUAAUAAAACAAAAAAACAUUAAAAAGUGAAAUAAAAAUAAAUUUGUUCACAGCGCAUUCAAUUUUUUGAUAUAAAACAAAAUAAAUUAAAUAAAAAAUUGGUCCACAUCAAAAAAAAAAAAAAAAAAAAAAAAUAGAACACCAGAUUCCCAUAAGCACGUGAAUGUGAAUGAUUGAAAACAACAAUAACAACAUAUGUAGCUAUUUUGAUAUUUAAACAAACGCAUUGAUUAAUCUAAACAAAACCCAAUGAACUAUGAACACAAGUUAUCGCCAAGCCAUCGGGUCUGACGAAAUGCUGAUAUUGGCUUCAAAGUGAAUGAAUUGCUGUUUAUAGGCGACACCCAUACAACCACCCGGCUUUAUAGGAGGGAGAAAAACGUACUCUAGGCCAGAUAACAUAACAUAGUGCGAAAUUGACAAGUUACUAGUCAAAAACGAUUUAAAAAAAAAAGAAAACACCAACAACUGUAAACUCCAUAUACAGAUUACUUACACCCCACACAGAGAAGGGUAGAAAGGAAGAGAGAGAGACAGAGAGCAGAGGAAAUAAAACAAACAACCCACCACCACCACGGCCAAAAUAUAAACCAGGCAUGUUCAUUGCUGGGCGUUCUUGUAAUAACAAAUGACAAGUGCUCUCUCUCUUCAUUUAUGGUUGCAAUUGUCCAGAGAGUCUCCCAUCAAUGCCAACUCUGUUAUUGUGGGCAUCACUGACAUAAACAAACGUUUCCCAUUGACAAAGAGCAUACCCCAGCAAUUUAACAUAACAAGAGAGAAAACGGGUGUGAGAGAAAGAGGGAGACGUACAAACAGACCCAGCCGUUGUUGUAAACAGUACUUGUUGGUCUGUCAAAGGUUUUAAUUCAUUCAUCUUCAGUUACUGCUGCUGCUGCAACACAACACAAAGAAGUAACCCCUUUUUUCUCUUCCAACCCAACAUCUCAUCUCAUCAUGGGCUACGAUGAGGUCCUCACCCAUCUGGGCGAUUUCGGACGAUAUCAGAAAAUUAUCUAUUUUCUAAUCUGUCUAACAUCCAUCACCUGUGCCUUUCACAAGUUGGCCGGGGUCUUCCUGCUGGCCAAACCCGAUUUCCGUUGCGUACUGCCGUUUGAAAAUGCCAGCGAUGUCCAGUACAACGACUUGCCGCCCGACCAAUGGCAUUUGGCCUAUCCCAAGGACUUGUUGGGUGUGAAAUAUGAAACAUGUUCGUAUUAUGAUAUCAACUAUACCGAGGAAUAUCUAAGCGGCAGCGAAGCCUAUACGGCCAAUGGCACCACCCAGUGCUCGCAUUAUGUUUACGACAAGACGAAAUAUCUCAACAGUGCUGUGACCGAGUGGGACAUGGUGUGCAGCCGUAAUUUCCUGCGUGCAACUAGUGAUGCCCUGUUUAUGUUGGGCGUUUUGGUGGGCAGCAUUGUCUUUGGCCAGCUGUCGGAUAAAUAUGGCCGUAAGCCAAUAUUUUUUGCCUCAUUGGUUAUACAGGUGGUGUUUGGAGUACUGGCUGGUGUGGCGCCCGAAUAUCUGACCUACACCACCUCACGUUUCAUAAUAGGGGCCACCACCUCGGGUGUGUUUCUGGUGGCCUAUGUCAUUGCCAUGGAAAUGGUGGGUCCGAGUAUGCGUCUCUUUGCCGGGAUUUUUGUGAUGAUGUUCUUCUCCGUGGGAUUCAUGUUGACAGCGGCAUUUGUAUAUUUUGUCCAUGACUGGCGUUGGCUGCAAAUUGCCCUUACCCUACCGGGUUUGCUGUUUAUGUGCUACUAUUGGAUCAUACCGGAGUCGGCUCGUUGGUUGCUAUCGAAAAAUCGCAAAGAGGCAGCCAUUGCCAAUAUCCAAAAGGCUGCCCGUUUCAAUAAGGUGGAUAUUUCGGCGGAUAUGCUCAAUCAAUUGUUGGACGACAAUGCCAAUGAACAAAAGAAACCGGAAACGGAAGCGGAUGACACAAAGCAACCCAGUGUAUGGGACCUAUUACGUUAUCCCAAUUUGAGGAGGAAAACCCUACUGAUUUUCUUUGAUUGGUUUGUCAAUAGUGGGACGUAUUAUGGCCUCUCCUGGAAUACCAAUGAUUUGGGUUCCAAUGCCCUUUUGAAUUUUGUUAUUUCUGGAGCUGUGGAAAUUCCCGCCUAUUUAUUCUUGCUGUUUACCCUAAACAGAUGGGGUCGCCGCACCAUUCUGUGUGGCUGUAUGUUGGUGGCCGGAGUGGGUUUGCUGAUUACCAUAGCCAUACCCUCCAAUAUGAACUGGAUGUUAAUUACCUGUGCCAUGAUAGGAAAAUUGGCCAUUACAGCUUCGUAUGGUACCAUUUAUAUAUUCUCUGCUGAACAAUUCCCCACCGUGGUGAGAAAUGUGGGUUUGGGCGCCGCCUCAAUGGUGGCUCGCAUUGGUGGCAUUUUGGCGCCAUUCUUUAAUAUGUUGGGAGAGAUAUGGAAACCCUUGCCGCUGAUUAUAUUUGGGGCAAUGGCCUUUGUGGGCGGCCUACUCUCUCUGCUGCUGCCCGAGACACACAACAAGCCAACGCUGGAGACCAUAGCAGAUGGUGAGGAAUUUGGCAAAGCUACCAAGGCCCAGCAAUACUUGGUGGAAGAGGGUAAAGAAAUGAAGAACUUUGAAAAGGCCGAAACAUUGCCGCUGAACGCUGUGGCGUCAAUCACCAGCAAGUCGGAAGAGGCGGCCAAUUCGGAAAAUAAUCAUCAUCAGCAGCAGCAGCAAAAAGAACAACCAAAUGAAAAAUAUUAAAUAUUUUAGUUUAAAUAUUAUUAUAUACAAACAAAAAACAAAAACUUUUAGUUAAGUAGUACUUAAUUUAGCUGAGCUUUUUUAUGCAAGCAUUUCUUAUGAAUUUGUUUAAGUUUUACCACCUAUUUACACAGUAUAACCUCUAAAGGGCGAAUGUUUAUUUUUUUGGAAAUUUAAUGCUUUUUUGAACAUUUUUGCAAAGUCAUUUUUAUAUAUGUGUAGAAAAAAGUAUUUCAAUAUUAUUUUUAUUAUUAUUACUGCAUUUAAUACAAGCUUUCAAUAUUAAGCCUUUAUUAAAAAA